CUUGAAUAAAAGAAAAAGGAAUAAAAAGAGUAAUCGUGGACCAAGACACAAGUCAACCACCAGUCUUUGUCAUAGAGAAAGACCAAAGAAGAUUUAAAGCAUACAUCUUCCUAUGUAAGUUACCUUAAGAAACUGUACACACAAGUACACAUUUCUUACAAAGCACUAACAUUGAAGCUUCCUUUCGAAAGUUAAGUCUUCAGACCAAGAAAAGGGAAGAUCACACAUUCGUAUAGGCAUAAAUAGUGUUGAGCAUGAAUGGAGCAGAGACAAACUUGGCGAGGAGUUACAGCGAUGAUACUCACUCAGGAUUCGAGUUUCCGGAGCUAGACUUGUCAGAUGAAUGGAUGGAUGAUGAUCUUGUGUCUGCAGUUUCGGGGAUGAAUCAGUCUUAUGGUUAUCAGACUAGUGAUGUUGCUGCUGCCUUAUUCUCAGGUUCUUCUAGCAGUUUCUGUCAUCCCGAAUCUCAAAGGACCAACGCUUCUGUUGCGGCUACAGCCACUGCCUCUGCCAACAACCAAAACAAGAAAGAAAAGAAGAAAGUUAAAGAGAGAGUUGCGUUCAAGACACGGUCUGAGGUGGAAGUGCUUGAUGACGGGUUUAAGUGGAGAAAGUAUGGGAAGAAGAUGGUGAAGAACAGCCCAUAUCCCAGAAACUACUACAAAUGUUCAGUUGAUAGCUGUCCUGUGAAGAAAAGGGUUGAAAGAGAUAGAGAUGAUCCGAGCUUUGUGAUAACAACUUACGAGGGCUCCCACAAUCACUCAAGCGCGAACUAAGGCACAAGGCAAGCUUACGUUGCUAGACAUGGCAUCUUCUUAUCAACGGUUGAGAGAUAUAUAAAAAAAAGGGUGCAAGAUGGUUAUGAUACUUAAACUGCUUCUAGUUCUUCAUAUUCAUUGUAAACUGGUUGACGGGUUUCACACAUUUUUUGAGAGAUUUAUGACAUUCUGAAUCUGUAGUACUUCUAUAACAUCUAAGUUUGUUACAAGUGAGAA